AUGCACAUGAUAACGCCUCGCACACUGCUAACCAUAAGCAUAAUUGUGAUAAAAAUUAUUCUAUGGAACUCGGAAGAAUGCAAAAGUUUCAUUUUGAAAGGAAAAGAAAGAGCAAUGAGCGGGCUGCUACACAGAGGAAUGGACAAAAAGAACAGGAGGAGGUUAACCAAAGAACCAAAUCAGCCGGAUGAAUUAAAUGAACAAAUUAUGACAUCAUCUGAAAAUGAUAAUUACGUUAGAAAGAAAUUAAAAGAAUUCGAAAAAUAUAGAAUAGCAUCAUACAGCUCUCAAUACACUUUUUUUUUUCCAGGACAGGGGGAGCAGUAUAUAUCGAUGGGCUUAGAUACAUACAACACGUGUAAAAAUGCCAAAGAAAUGUAUGACCGUGCAAGUAAAAUUCUGGGCUACAAUUUAAUGGAUGUCAUUAAGAAUGGUCCAAUAGAAAAAUUAAAAGACUCAGAAAUUUCGCAGCCAUCCAUUUAUACUGUUUCCAUUGCUGCGUUGGAAAAAUUGAAACAAGAAAAGCAAGACGCAGUGAUGAAGCUAAAUUUAUGCAUGGGGUAUUCAUUAGGUGAAUAUUCUGCCUUAACUUGUUCAGAAGCUUUGCCCUUUGAGGAAGGCGUAUUUUUAACCAAGGAAAGAGGAAAGGCAAUGCAGAACUGUGCCAAGUUAAACAAAACGACCACCAUUGCAAUUGUUGGGUUAACCCUAGAUCGUAUUCACAACCUGAUAGAAGAUGUCAAUAAAGAAAUGGAUGACGAUAUUUUUAUUGUCAGUUAUAUGACUCCAAAAAAAUUCGGUUUAUGCGGAAAACCGGAAAGUAUGCAAUAUCUGAACAAAUUAGCAAAGGAAAAAUAUAAAGCUAUUUUUACUAAAGAGUUACAAAUUUCCGGGGGGUUCCACUCUUCCUACAUGUUCCCAGCUAGGAAGGCUUUAGAAAAUGCCUUAAAACAGAUCACAUUCAAAAAGCUAAAGGUUCCAAUCAUUUCAAAUGUCGAUGGCUGUGCUUAUGAUGACCCACACAUAAUCAAAGAGCUGCUACUUCUGCAGUUAACCAGCCCCAUUAGAAUAAAUGCCUGCCUAGAGAAUGUGCUAAAACAUGGAUACGAGACUGGCUACGAGUUGGGGCCCGGAACGAUCAACUCGAACCUUUUGAAGGACGUCUCGAAGAAGCAGAAGGAGGCAACGCCGUAUAUUUAG